CGAAUAAGAAAAGGAGCCUCUCUGAUUGACUGUUUCCAAGGAGACCGCUGACUGCCGAGAACUGGGAUAAGACUCGGUACUCUAGGAAGACACCAUCAGAAUGUCGUUUUUGUUUGACUGGAUCUACAGAGGGAUUAGCAGUGUUUUACAGUUUUUAGGUUUGUACAGAAAGACAGGGAAGCUGGUAUUCUUGGGUCUAGAUAAUGCUGGUAAAACAACACUCCUGCACAUGUUAAAAGAUGACAGACUUGGACAGCACGUACCAACACUUCAUCCAACCUCGGAGGAGCUGACAAUUGGUGGGAUGACAUUUACGACAUUUGAUUUGGGAGGACAUGUACAAGCUCGCAGAGUUUGGAAGAACUACCUGCCAGCUGUGAAUGGCAUUGUCUUUCUUGUCGACGCCGCUGAUCAUGAAAGACUUGCAGAAUCAAAGACUGAGCUUGAUGCUCUCCUUUCCGAUGAAACCAUAGCCAGCGUCCCAGUGUUGGUGUUGGGGAAUAAAAUUGACCGUCCGGAGGCCAUCAGUGAAGGAGGACUGAGAGGAGCUUUUUGUCUUGAUGGCCAGGUCACAGGAAAGGGAAACAUGUCUGUGAAAGAGCAGAACGUUCGCCCGCUGGAGAUUUUCAUGUGCAGCGUUUUGAAGAAACAAGGCUACGGGGAAGGCUUUAGAUGGUUGUCGCAAUACAUCGACUGACACAAAGGAAAAAUCAGAGAGGAUCUAUCUGACUCGUUCACGUGAAACUUGAUGAAGACUAUCAAGAAGCGACAAUUGUAAUCAUAUUUUAAUCAGAUUUUCACAUUUUAAAACAUUAACUUUCAUCAUUUAAUUCUCUCUAUGCAAACAAAGAACUGGUUUAUUAAUGUGAGAAAGUUGCACAGCAUGUUUAGUACCUAAUUAUAAAAUAUGAAGAGCCAGAUACGCUGCAGGAGUGUAGAUUUGUGUUCCACUGUCCUGAAUUAUUUAUUGUUUAAGACAUCAGCUACUUGAUUUUGUAUUUAUUAAUAGGUGUAUGAUGAAUUUUAAAAUCUCGCUUAUAUUGCGCUGAGUGGCUUAAAGCCUGUAUGAUUUCUAACAGAGAUAGCAGGGAUUUAGAUUAGAUUUUUGGAACAGUUCCAUGAACAAAUAAAGAAAUAGAGAGGAUUAAUUUUGAUCUGAAUUAAUCUGAUGAUACGCAACCUCUACCUCCGAAGCACAAAGCCAAAUAUGUAUGGUAACUUCCUGGGGCUAACAAGGCAAUAGAUUGGGGUUCAACGAAAAUAUCAUCUUUGCUGAGCACUAAACCAGAAUGACACCAGAUCCCCUUAACAAACCAAAAAGGAAGGGUACGUCUGAUAUGUUCAAAUUAAACAUCUCAUUAAUGGCAGACGUUUUAAUUUCUUCUGCCAUUUAUUAAGGUUUUAUUUAUCCAAUAUGUUGCUCAGAGACAAUAGCAUAGGUACAAGAUCUAUUCUAAGAAUAUCAGUUGCACUUUUUGGUUGCAGAAGUCUUUAGAUGGGUUUUAAACGUUCCCACAGAGAUUAGCCAGAAUAGCUUCCUAUAUAAAAAUACAUCAGUGAUAUUUUCUCCUUAGCCUUAAUAAGGACGAACACAGCAGAUUAUAAAGUGUUGCAAAAUGCUGUUGUCAAAUGAUGCAUUCUGUUCAAUGAAUAUGAUAUUAAUGUAAAUCGCAGCGACUCGCAAAAUCUAAAGAGCAAAGGAAGCAUCUCUGCAUUUAUUAAAUGCUGCCUGACCAAAUUUUUUAUUCAUUUAAAAUAAUUCAAAUUAAUUCAAAGACAAAACCCAGCAUUCUGUCUACAGCACAAUGACAGUAAUAAUGGCUUUCUUUUUACAUGUGCAAAAGCAAUAAAGCAAAAAAUAAAAAAAGCCAGAUGCAUUAAAACAUGUUUACUGAAUGCUCAAUAUGCACCCUAUCAUCCAGACAAGUAUUUGUAGGAAGGUAGUCUUUUAACAUGGUCCCCCGCUUGGGUAGAAGUACCAACAUUAUUUUAAAUUUGGCAAUGAGUAUCAGAAAAAAAAACAUAAAAUUUUCUUUACUCAAAGAACUAGCUUAAAUAGUGAUAUCUGUAGCUACUAGAAGACAAUUUAAAGCUCACCAUCUGUUUGUCUCAGAGUAGAUCCAAACAAAAAUCCAACAUAAAGGUGAACUUUAGCUGAACUUUCCAAUGUUAUUAACAAAUCUGGGAAAUGAGAUGGGGCCUAAAACUGAACCCUGGAGUUCCCCUUUCAGUGUCUUCAGAAAACUGGGCUUAUGUUCAUCUCUUAUACCUGAAAGGUAACUUCUAAUCCCCAUCACUUAAACCAGUAUUAGUGUCAUGGGUAAUGAGCACAGUACCAUUAAUGUGUAGCUUGCAAUUAAUGUCUUGAAGAAAUUAUUUAUUUAUUUAUUUAUGUACUGAGAAUGAAUACAUGAUGGCAGUAAUUAUGACUUCUUCUAAAAAUAUCAGAAAGUAAUAAAGAAGAAUAGCCAGCGGUAAUGUAGCACCCAGACGAGUGUACUCCUCUGGAUGUGAAAAUCAAAGACUGUAAUUAGUUCUCCGCCUGUUCGUCUUUUCAAUUUGUUAGUAUUAAGUGCAGCCUCCCCAUUCUGCCACUUCCUGUUAGUUAUGGUCUUUCUUUAAUUAAGCUCUGAUUUAAGUCCAAUUUAAAGUGGCGAAAAUUUAAACAAGAGCUGAAAAUUAAUGGCUAGUAAUAUUUUGAUGUCUAAUUAGUAUUUAGCUUUAAGUGCUUCUAAUGUACUUUUUGAUUAUCUGAAAAGAUAUGAGAGUGCACUUUGGGAGAUGAAUAAAAAUGUUGGUUGUGGUCUGUUUCUAAAAGUAUCAUCUUGUCUGUUUUCCAUUGAUGGGGAAGGUUUCAGUUUUUGUCUUUAAAAACCUAAAGGACGAAUAUUAUGUGACACUUGAAUAUAACAGAUUUCUGCAUCUUUUAUUAACAAGGUAAACUUUAAAAAAAUUUGGUGUAAUAAUGAUGCAAAUAAGUAAUGAAUCAUUUAUUCAUAUUUUCUACAGGUUACAAGUGUUAAAAUGUGUUUGCUUCCAUCAGUUUUUUUAUUUCAAAAACUUACUCUACCAGUUGCUGAACUUCCAUAAAUUAUGUAAAAUACAUAUAUAAAUUUUUGUACAGUUGCCACCUUUGAGAAGGCACUUCAAAGGAAGAAUGCUGUUUGUAUUCUAAUAAAUAUUUUUGAGAAAAAGAAAAAGAUGUUCAGUGAAUUUAAACAAAAGUUGCAUCCAGCCAGCAGAAUGAGAUAGAUAGUCUAGCUCUUGUAAGUAAUUGAAAUAAUAAUAAAAUCUGAUUUUUAUAUCCAAA